CCGCACCCUGCGCUGAGCGGUCAUUGGACGGCGUGAUCUCGCCGCGAUUCCGCGGCCCUGCCGCUGCCGCCGCCACCGCAGCCGCCGCCGCCAGCAGAGCGCACGGGGCGGGCCGGGCGAGUGGCCAUGGCGGACACCGAGGACGGGCCAGGCCAGCAGCCGGAGCUCGACGAGGACGGAGGGGCUGCUUGCCCGCGCUGGGGCGCGCAACACGCCGGGGCCCGCGAGCUGGCCGCGCUUUACUCUCCAGGCAAGCGCUUCCAGGAAUGGUGCUGUGUGAUCCUGUGCUUCAGCCUCAUCGCCCACAACUUGGUCCACCUCCUGCUGCUGGCCCGCUGGGAGCACACGCCUCUCGUCAUGCUGGGUGUGGUUGCAGGGGCUCUCGUCGCUGACUUCCUGUCUGGCGUGGUGCACUGGGGUGCUGACACAUGGGGCUCCGUGGAGCUGCCCAUUGUGGGGAAGGCUUUCAUUCGCCCAUUCCGGGAGCACCACAUCGACCCGACGGCCAUUACGAGGCACGACUUCGUCGAGACCAACGGGGAUAACUGCCUGGUGACACUGCUGCCGCUGCUAAACAUGGCCUACAAGUUCUGCACCCAGAGCCCUGAAGCCCUGGAGCAGCUGUACCCCUGGGAGAGCUUCGUCUUCUGCGUGAUGAUCUUUGGCACCUUCACCAACCAGAUCCACAAGUGGUCACACACAUACUUUGGGCUGCCACCUUGGGUCACCCUCCUACAGGACUGGCAUGUCAUCCUGCCACGGAAACACCACCGCAUCCACCACAUCUCGCCCCAUGAGACCUACUUCUGCAUCACCACAGGCUGGCUCAACUACCCCCUGGAGAAAAUCGGCUUCUGGCGACGCCUGGAGGACAUCAUCCAAGGCCUGACGGGCGAGAAGCCUCGGGCGGACGACAUGAAAUGGGCCCAGAAGAUCAAAUAACUCUCCGAGCCUGCCACCUGGUUGCCAACCUUCCCUAGUGCCCCCAAACCGAAGCCAUCUGCCAAAUUCCAGCCUCCUCGCUGCUGGCCCCUCUGAUGGAGAGGAUGCCUCUUGGGCUGGGCCCAGGCCCCCCAGUCUACCCCUCAUGAUACAGAAUACUUGAGCCACUGACAAUUCGUUUCCUUUUUCCAUUUUCUUUCCUUUGCCCUUCCCCAG